AUGCCUUACCGAUCGGCGUCUUCACCGGCGGACGUGGGGCUCUCCAAGGAGGAGUACGAAGACGCAGUUAACCUCGAGAAGCUCUACUUCCUCUCCAACAAGAACGACCGCUGCGCCAACUGCGGCCGCGGGGGCGUGUCUGCGGUGGACGUUUCGCGGUACGAGUUCCUCUGCUCGAGCUGCUGCAGCGGCAAGAGCUCAGUCAAAAAGAUUGGCGAAGACCGAUUUUCCUCCUUCGAGGUCAACAAACUCUACGCCAGGUUUGACAGAAGCAGCACUCAUCGCGGGCGAGGAUCGGCCUCUCCCAUCCGGCGCGGGUCGUCGGGCGGCGGCUCACGGCGGAACGACCGGCGCUCAGAUCGGCGCAGCAGUCGGCGAGCGGCUCCUCCCGAUUUCUCUGACAACAGCGACUCAGACUCCGGAGAUGAGUCCCCGCCGCCGCCGCGCCGCAGUCGGUCGGUGCCGCGCGCGUCCUCCGGCCGGUCUCCUCGUCACGCCUCUCACCGUUCUUCCGCACACCGUGGCGACCCCUUUGAUGACUUCGACGCGGCGAGCGAGGCCAGUUGGGGGGGGACCGGCAGCGCCCAGGGUCUCUCUUCGUCCCCGUCGUCCUGGGGCCCUGUCUUCGGCGCGGGCGCACCGGCCGCAAGGGCCCAGAUGUCUCCCUCAGGCGCGCUUGGAGCCGCAGGCGGCAUGGGACCGAACUCGCCCGCGGGCAUGCUUGGGCUCACGCCGUCGCCCAUGGCGACGCAGGCGACCUUCAACCAAGGACUUCAGUAUCCGGGAAUGAUGGGGAAUCCCAUGUUCAUGGGGAACGCUGUCGCCUCGCAAGCAGGCCCGCGCGGCCCCCAAGCCCCCGGGGCUUGGGGGGCAAGCCAGAGCCCCGCCUUCCUUGCGCAGCAGCAGUAUCAGCAGGCCUUGCUUCGGCAGCAGCAGUUCGCGGCGACUGCGGCGGGGCGGGGAGCCGGAGGGGGCAUGUUUCGGGGGCCCGGGACCCCGAACCUGGUGGGUCAGGCCUCGGGGUUCAUGGUGGCCGGGGGCGGGGCCGCGGGCCCGUUCCGGCCCGGGGUCUCGCCGCCCUUCGCCCAGCAGCAGGCGAACGCGCGCGCAACCAACCCGUUUCUGUCAAUGGGAGCCGGGGUACAGGCCCAGCCUCAGGCGAUGGGGCAAGGCGGAAUGAUGGCCGCGUUCCCCAAUGCGCAGGCGGCUGGCGGAGGCGCGGGCAUGAAUCCGUUUCUGCAGCAGAACGCUGCGCUUUGCGGUGCAGGAGGUGCCGGCAUGUUUGGGGACAGGACCGGCGUGGCGGGCUUCUCGCAGCCGCAAGCCGCGCAGAUGUCCAGCCAGUUCGGCGGGGGGGCCUCUGUCAUGAUGGGCGGAGCGACUCCCGCGGGGGCGAAUCCGUUCACCAGCAUGGGUGCCGCUCCGCAAAGGCCGGUGGCCUUGAUGAACGGGGUGGCCCCGGGCGGCGGCGUGGGGGCAAAUCCGUACAGCUCUUCUCUGUGGUGA